AUGUCCGGUAUCGAGGUCGUGGGUCUCGUCCUCGGCAUCCUGCCACUGGCCAUUAAAGCCCUCCAAGGGUACAGGACCAUGCUAUCGGGGGUACGAGGCGCCGACCGCGACCUGAAAUCCCUCGUCCAAGAUCUCGAGACGGAGCAGGUCCGCCUACAAACCACGUGCGAGGUGCUCCUCGAUGGCAUCGCACCGCUAUCCCGGAUCGACGACAUGGUCGAGAAGCCUUUCGGGCCCGAGUGGGAGCAGUUCAGCGACGAAAUCCGGGAGCGACUAUGGACGGCAACAGGCAAGUUCAAGGAGCAUGCCAAGGAGAUGCAGGAGGCGGCGGAGGAGCUGAAGGAGAAACUGUCCAUGGAAGCGGAUGGCAAGACCAAUCUAAAUAGCCCUGAGGCAAUAAUGAAAGAGCUUAAAAGAAAGGCAUCCUUCUCACUAAGAAAGAAGGACUACGAGGGCAUUAUCGCCCGCAUCAAGGCAGCCAACUCAGUCCUGCACGAGCUGGCCGGUCAGAACCGCGACCUUGAGCCCAGCCGGCGGCGGCGGUCGCAGGCCAGGGUCACCAAACUUAUCCGUGGCCUGUCGAGGAGCAUCUUCGACGCCCUUAGGAGUGCAGCAACGUGUCGUUGUGUCCAGUCGCACGACGUAUCUCCAUCCCCACGCCGGAGAGUCCGAUUUCGUGAAUCUUUGGGGUUCACAUCUAAGCGGGAGUUAACCUCCUCAUCAACGGAGACUCUGAGUGUCGUCUCCGAGAAGAACCUGGUCGUCAGCACAGCUUCAGUCCCCAUAGAGGCAUUACCACCCGUCCUCAAAUCGGACCUAUGCCAAGUGAUAUUCACAUGGCAUGAGGAGCGUAGGGAGUCAGCGAUGAAGCGCUGCGGGUACAUCGCCGACCCGCAUCGCAUGUUUGGUCUCUACCCGCAGCAUCGUCAUCCAGAAUCGAGCUCGACCGUCACACUGCGGCAGAUGCUAGAGGGGAAAGAUCCCGUGUUUCAGGACCUUGAUCUCGUGGAGAAGCUGAGGAUUGCACUAUCUAUAUCCAUGAGCAUCCUUCAUCUAUACGACACUCCCUGGUUGGGGGGAACCCUAACCUUGGACGACGUCGUGUUCCUUCGGGAAAGCCAGAAGGCCACAUUACAUCCAGACUCUCCCCUUAGGCCCUUCAUGGCUAAGAACUUUGCCAGAAGAUCUAACACGGCAGCACCUCUGGAAGCCCAACCACAGAGCAAGCCGUGCAAGCCAUCCAAGGCCAUGAACUUAACGGUGUUGUCCCUCGGCGCGAUGCUAAUCCAGAUGAUGAUCGGGCAAGCGGUGCCGGCGCUCGACAUGGCAGCGGACUCGGACAUGGACCUCAACGCGAUGCUGGAGAAGCAUGAGGCGGGUGGCAAGUUUAACGAUGAGGUGCUGCAGAACGGGGGGUGGAACUACAUGGCGGCGGUGAAGUGGUGCCUAGAGACUGAGAGCGUUCUAGGGAUAAUGGGGCUGGAGAACGAGGACUUUUGUCAGAGGUUUUAUGAGGCGGUUGUAGCGAGGCUGGAGAAGGAUAUACAGCAGUUGAGUAGUCGAUGUUGGGACUGA